ACAUGUGAGUUAGGCCAAAUAACUAAUUUUGUUGAACCAAUUGAUUUAUAACUAUUUUCUAACCAACUUUAAAAUCAAAGCCUAAGUCAAUAUAAUUAAUCAAGCUUUCAAUAUGAUAUUCUCCCUUAUACUUUAGCAUCUAAUUAAACCUUUAAUAUGAGC